CAUUUAUGAGCCGUGUCUUUCCCGUUCCUCAUUCGUUGUUCCAAACUCUUCACCGCCCUUAGCUUAGAAACUCCCAUUUGAGCCUUCGAUCUCAAAUUUGAAUCGGGUUUCAAAAUUAUGAUCUUUUGCAUUGGAUUUCUUCUGCGGCCGAUUUCAAUUUUUUGAAUAUAGUUCUUGUUUGGUACUGUGAAGGGAACAUAACAGUGGGUGGUUGCUCCGCAGGAGAAGGUGUUGCAUAUAUAUUUGACUGUGGAAGAUGCACCCUCCUUUAACAUUGCACAAACACCCAAUGUGCGCUGAAAUUAUUGAGCAGUUUCAAAAGUGUCAUGUAGAACAUCCAAUUGCCAAAUUCUUUGGCGAAUGUACUGAUUUGAAAAUAAAAUUGGAUCGCUGUUUCAGAGCAGAGAAAGCUUUGAAGCGGAAGGCUAAUUUUGAAGAGAGCAAAAAGUUAAAGGAACAGUUGCGAAUUUUGAGGAAAGAAAAUGCUGCAAGCAGCAGUCAAUAGAAGGAUUUUUUGAGAUGUAGAAAAUGCCAAACUGUUCUGCAAAUUAGAACAUUUUAUACAUGGCCUUUAUAUGAUAUACUUCUUACAGCCUUAAAAGAGGGUUGUUACACACGACCAUAUUGUUUGAAGUAUUUUUUAUGCCCUUGCCUGC